AUGAUGAACAACUUCCAGUCCACCAAAACCGUACCCCAUAAUAAUGAAAAUUCAGAAACAAAUUCAGAAACAUAUCAGUCUUUUCGAAAAGUUCCUAAAAUGUUUGGUAUUAAUAGUCAAAUGCUGAAUGCUUCAGAUUACAAGAACUCAGCUUCACUUUCUGGCAGCAUGGAACCCUCAAAACGAUCAAGCUAUAGCAGUUCUAUGACAGAUACAGCUUCCUCUACUCAUACUUCAAAUGCGAAUGGCAAUUCAGCUUCUGACUGGGGCCAAUCUGGAAAUUAUUCCGAUCCAUCUGGGCCUAAACCGUCUGGUAUGUUCGCGGAAUCCCAGAAUCAUCUUUUAAAUGCAUCUUCUUCCUUGCAAACGAAUGGUUUUCCGCGCACAAGUUCUGAAUAUGAAUCUUUUUCCAAGAAUAGCCCUGGAUCUUCCUUGCAUCGUCUAUCAAAUCUAAGCAUAAAUAACAACAACCUUCCUCAUGACUCGCCUUCAAAUAAUACUGGGUCCACUGUUGGCUCUUCCUCCCAUCGCAGGGCAACUUCUAUCACAAACGCUAAGGGAUUGCCUCCUUCUGUUUCUUUUUAUAACAAGUCUACGAAGCCAUUGGAUUGGGGUUCAGUAAAUAACGGAACCAGUUCUACACAGGAUACACCGAAUUAUAUAGGAAUGGCAUCUCCGAAUGGCAAUAAUCCUUCCUCAAUGCAUUCUCCAGUAUUACCGAGAAAGACAUCGGGCAUUUGGCGUAACACGGGUUACCCUUCUCGUAACUAUCCUUCUUAUAGCAAAUCUGGAAUCCCUCCAGUUCCUAAUUUACCUUCGUCGUACGAAACUCUAGGAAGAUAUCAAACACCGUCUGCUGGUAAUAAUUCCUUACCUAACAAAAAUAACCCUCCAAAUAUCGAUACAGUGUUUCAUGAGCAUCCCCCAUCUUCUUCCACUUUGAACACGGCUUUUUCUGUCAAUUCUCAAGCUCCUGCUCACAAUACGAAUCAAAACGGUGAUCAUGCACAUCCUCCUACCAGGUUGAAUACACUCUCUAAUCUCAAUUCCACUAAUGUUCCAACUUCCAUAGCCUCUGGCAACGCUGCUCCAAAAAGUCCGUUUUCGGGAGAGAAAUCGUCUCAAAAUCUAGAAGCUCUCACACCCAAUUCAAGGCAAGUACAUACUAGCUCUCAUCGAAAAAGCCAAAGCUCCGGUCGUCCUUCUCCCAAAGGGAAGAGUAUAAGCAGUCAACCAAAUUCAGAAAGCAAGCAGAUAAAGUCAUCUGGGAAAGAAGGAAGAUCCUCUCGAGGUGGGUUUUUCAGCAGACUUAGUUUUUCACGAAGCUCGUCUCGAGCAAAAAAAGCAAAAUCGAAAAAUGAAGAAGCUCCCGAGGUUCCUUCUAUACCCCAAGAAUAUCUUAAAGAUGGGAAAAAGACGCCUACUAGGACGAAAAGUCGAAUGCAGCAACUCAUCAGUUGGUUCAAAUCUCCUAAAGACAAGCCAAAUACCUCUUACACUCCUAAUUCUUACUCUCCUCCUCCACCCCCGGUCCCUCGACUUCCUUCUACUCAGUCCCAACUGUAUAACGCUAGAAAUCGUUCCGAAGAUUAUGUCCCCCCAGUACCACAAAUACCUUCGAAUUUCACUUCUGGUUCGAAAGAACAAGGCAAUCAGCAACGAAGUGUUUCCUAUAAUCCCAAACGAAGCUCGCUUAAUAAUGAUUUACCGACAAAUGAGCCUACUCCGGCUACUGCUCCUUUAAUGGAACCUUUAGACAGUAAGUUUGCUGACCUUGCUAUGAAAGCGAUAAACAGCAAGCGUAUAAAUCGGUUACUUGAUGAAGCCAAAAUAAUGCAAUCCCUGCUUGAUCGUGCUUGUAAAAUUACACCGGUAAAGAGCUCCGAUGUCUUGCUUAUCAAUACUGCACCUCUUACUCGGUAUGAAGAGGAAGAAAUAAAAGCUUAUGAAAAUAUCUACUUCACUGGUCUAAGGAACGUGGAUAAAUCCAGAUUAGUUGACGAAACGUCCACAAAUUAUGGCUUUGAUGAUGAACGAGGUGAUUAUAGAGUUAUUUUGGGGGAUCAUAUUGCCUAUCGUUAUGAAGUAGUUGACUACCUUGGCAAAGGAAGUUUUGGCCAAGUACUGCGAUGUAUUGAUUAUCAAACAGGAAAACUGGUUGCUUUAAAAAUUAUUCGAAAUAAGAAACGAUUUCAUAUACAGGCGCUGGUUGAAACAAAAAUUUUACAAAAGAUUCGUGAAUGGGAUCCUAUGGAUGAAGCUUGUAUGCUUCAGUAUAGUGAUCACUUUUACUUUCGCGAUCAUCUGUGUGUUGCUACCGAAUUACUGGGAGUGAACUUGUAUGAGUUAAUUAAAAGUAACGGAUUUAAAGGACUACCAAUUGUUGUUAUUAAGAGUAUAACAAAACAGCUGUUAUUAUGCUUAACUUUGUUGAAGCAGAAAAAUGUUAUUCAUUGUGACUUAAAGCCGGAAAAUAUUUUGCUAUGCCAUCCUUUUAAGUCCCAUAUCAAAGUUAUCGACUUUGGGAGUAGUUGUUUUGAAGGAGAAUCUGUAUAUACCUAUAUUCAAUCUCGAUUUUAUCGUUCACCGGAGGUCAUAUUAGGGAUGGGCUAUGGAACUCCUAUAGACAUGUGGAGUCUUGGGUGUAUUCUUGCUGAGAUGUAUACGGGUUUUCCGAUUUUCCCUGGCGAGAAUGAACAAGAGCAACUAGCCUGUAUUAUGGAGAUUUUCGGUCCACCAGACCGUUCCAUGCUUGAAAAUUGUUCAAGAAGAAAAGUGUUCUUUGAUUCUUUUGGAAAGCCUAGACCCUUUGUUUCUUCAAAAGGAGUGAGCAGAAGACCGUUUGCAAAAUCUUUGCAUCAAGUAUUAGAAUGCAAAGACAUAUCUUUCUUGAGUUUUAUAGCUGACUGCCUCAGAUGGGACCCGGAGGAACGGAUGACUCCAUUUGAGGCAAUCCAGCAUGAUUUUAUUACUGGAAAUCAAGAUCGCAGACCGAAUACAGCUCCUGCUCGUCAAAAGAUAGUGAAGAGUCCUCCUACAUAUCUAGAGUCACCUCCAUCAAGGCCGCUGCCCAAUCUACCCAAUAAUGAAAAGACUAGUGAUCACGUCGAUUCACAUGCCUUUGGGGUAAAUGGUCAAGUCGGGAGUACAUUACGGGUACCGGUUAAAGACCCAGAUGCAUUUUCAAAGGUGAAGAGUCCCGUGGUCUCCGAUAAUAUGUAUUUCUAA